AUGAAUACUACCACCAAAGAUACCAUAAUCAAAAUUGAGGACUCAAAAAUUACGAAAGACAGUCAAAAGACAGAAAUUAACAUAUUAUGCUUUGAUAUAACACCGUACAGUCAACUUGUACAGUUUCUAUGUUGUUCUGCAUUUGUAUUUGUAUGCUACUUAGCAUAUGGCUAUUUUCUUGAAUUAAUAUUCUCGGGGGCUGAGGUGAAACCUGUCAGUCUUUAUAUUACAUUAGUGCAAUUUUUGAUUACAAUGCUGCUCAGCUACAUGGAAUCUUUAAUAAGAAAUCCCAUAAAAAGAAAAGUCCCUCUAAGGACCUAUGCAAUUUUAGCGGCUUUAACCCUGGGCACCAUGUCACUGUCUAAUCUAGCUUUAAGUUACCUGAAUUAUCCGACUCAAUUAAUAUUUAAGAGUUGUAAGCUCAUACCUGUGAUGAUAGGCAGUAUUAUUAUUUUGGGAAAGAGAUAUAGUUUUCUAGACUAUUUGGCUGCAGUAAUUAUGUGCAUUGGACUAACAAUGUUCACUCUAGCUGAUUCAAAAACGUCGCCUAACUUUGACGGGAUAGGCGUGCUAGUUAUUUCGCUGGCAUUACUUUGCGAUGCCAUUAUCGGCAACGUGCAGGAGAAGGCGAUGAAACAAUUCCACGCCUCCAACAAUGAAGUGGUUUUCUAUUCGUAUGCUAUUGCUUGCUGCUAUCUUUUAGUUAUAACUGGUACUAGUGGGAUCUUCGUAAACGGAUUCGCAUAUUGUUCAAAGAACGCCGUAACAAUGUACACCAACAUAUUUCUUCUGAGCGUGAGCGGGUACAUGGGGCUCCAGGCGGUGUUAACAUUGGUGAGAAUCUGCGGAGCGACGGUCGCCGUCACCGUUACCACCAUGAGGAAAGCCCUUUCCAUCGUCAUAUCGUUCUUGCUUUUCAGCAAGCCAUUCGUCUUCCAGUACGUUUGGUCGGGAUUGCUAGUCGCACUUGCAAUAUAUUUGAAUCAUUACAGCAAGAAACAUCCGCAUUACGUUCCAAUGCCCUUACUAAUGUGUUGGUAUUAUGUUCAAUCCUUCUAUCAGUCCGAAUACAGAUACCUUAGGAUUAAAAGCAAAAUAUACACUGAUACCGUAUAG